AAUGAGUUCAGAGGGGUACCAUUGGCUAGCGAACUCAUUAUCUGACCGUGAUUAAAACGACUUGAUUGGCAUUCAUUGUACAACUCCUGUUCAUCAUUGGUUCAAAUCAAAGAGCGGUGUGCCCAAGAAAUAUACGACACUGCCGCUUGUCCAGCUCCGCUUUCUGAUUGGUCCGUCAAACAAUAGCACCUAAUUGCAAAAUGAAAUCCGCGGCUAAUAUGCCCUUUAUAUUCUAAUUGCCUUCAGUGUAACGAAGACCCAUAGAAGGCGAUUUUCAAACGAAGAUUUCGUAUCUGAACGCGAAAAUUUAGUUUCCUUGUGGACGUUUCUUUGGUGUAGAUGUCUUUUGUGAGAGCUUGUGUCGACGGGCGCGAAAGGGAAUCAAAUUUGAAGGUACGGAAGGAAGAGGAUCGCGUGAAAGGUAGUUAUAAUUUCCGAUAUGAGUAUAAGCAAGCUACAGACGGCGUGUUUGUCACUUUGCAUGUCUGGUGAAUUCAGUCCUAUUGAAUAUUCUUUGUUACGUUGAUUCGCGUUGCUUUUCUAAAAGAACACUUAUCGGUCGAACGCUUCCGAACCCAAAAUUGCCUUUCAUCGCGCGAUUGAACGGUUGAGGUACUCCCGGGAAAUUUAAUAUCAUUAUUGUAGUUUUUCCUCCGUGCACAAUCGCAUGAAUUUUGAUGGCGUGUCCGAUCGAGUUCGAAUGUACAGACAGAAAGUAGCGCUUUUGCGAUGCGAGUAAAUCUCGAAUGAAGUACUCAACAGGUGUGAAAAUAUCGAAGGAAGCACCAUAAAAUAUGAGCUUAAAACAAUGCUCCGGUAUAAUGUACUGUACUGCUUCUUAGAAUGUUCUGUUUUUACAAAUUAUGACGUCUGAUACGUUUUGUUUUCGGCCGCGUGACUAAGCUUAAGCUCUUUUUUCUGACGAUGUUUGAAAGAGUCAAGUGACUGAGUAAAUCUGAUCAAUGUUAUGUUAUAAUUGUAGAUUUUUUUGUACGUAGAACGGUGCAAUUUUGCUUGUAGUGACAACAUGCAGUGUUACUUUCGUAGAAUAUAAAAUAGGCUUAAUUUUUGGCCUAAAAAGAUGUUUCUUACAAGUUGUGCUUUGAAACCAUAUUCGUACGAACGAGUAAAAUUAAAAAUCCCUCUUUAAAUCUUUGAGUUCAAUUAAAUUUGUUCAAUUUACACAUAAUUUUACUUGUUUAUUUCACGUUUCGAAUUCUAUAUUGUUUAAUAUUUUAUUCCCAGACUCUAUCGAACUGGAGAUCUGUCAACUGUUUUCAUCACCAUUUUGGUUCCAAAGCCACCAUUUAACAUUAUCAAAAACAACCAAGAAGCCACAUAUACCCUGGUUGUGGGAAGCUCUUUGAUUGACAGGGAAUUGUUGACGCUUAAUUGACAGGAGAGGUUCAAAAUAAUUGGAAUGACAAAGUUGUUGAUUAUUUAAUUUUCCUUCAUGGAGAAAUGUCAUUAUUCAUUAUUCUGAAUUCUUUGAAAUACCUUCCAUAAAUAUAACCCAUCGCAACUAAUAGUACUCAGCUGUAUGUCAUACUGGUGGUGGUCCAUGCCCAUGUUCGUUAUUUUAAUUUAAGGUGCCAUUUAUCAUUCCUAUGUACGUAGUUAACAGAAUAACAUGAGCUUGAGGGAGACAAAUCAAAUUGUGUUUAUCUCUAAAUUUAUAUCUCUGAUCUUAUUUAAUAGUUAAAUGGUAAAAUUUAAAUGUUUUUUUGCCUUGAAUUUAUAGCUCAUUGACUUGGAGAGAGGAAUAUAAAAGGGAAAAAACAUAGCACUGUAAAAUUUAAUUUGACGUCUUAGGCUUAUGUUCAUUCUACAAGCCUUCUUUGAUGGCCUUAGGUUCUAUUUCCUCUUUUUUUUUUCUUGUUUGUUUGGUUGUUUUUUUUUUGUGGGGGGGGGGGGGGGAGGUGCAGGGGGAAGUUUAUUAAUUAAUGUGUGAGAGAUUCAGUUGUCUAAUGGAAUGGUUUGUAUGUUCACACAGAUCUUCGUAGGCUUGGCCUAAGUUCAGUCAUGGGUGUGACUUGUGCCAAAUUUAAAUAUGUACCAGGCUAAAACCUUCUAAAACCACUAUCAUUUCAGGCCUACUCAAUCAAUGAUAGUUUGACAUUCGGGUUAAACCCACUUCACCCCAUUUGUUAGCACCCUUAUUUAUAGAUCCACCUAUAUAUACUAAAAACUGUUCUGGUUACAAGCCUCCACAGAUAUAAGCUCACCUGUACUUUGAGUGCCUCAUCAGCCGGUAUUUGCCGUUACGAGGAAGCUCUAUGCUUCACAUACUUGUUUUCUUACCUAGUGCCUUGUGUUUCUUGUUCCAAAGAACAUAAAACAUCUUUUUAGACUGUGGGAUGCAGGUUUCAUCAGCUUUUUAAAAAAUUUUUUAUUCUGCUUUUAAGCAAAUAUGAGCACCCUCUGCCCACCCCUCCUUUGUUUAUCACUGUAUAAGCCCGGGGCUUAUUACCAGAGUUUUUUAGCAUUUCCCUUGCAGAGGGACUUUGUUAAAAAUGAUUUUACAGAGGAGUGACUUGAGUGUAGUUAGUUACAGGUAAACUGAGGUAAUCAUAAAUCUGACAGAAAAAAAGGAACAACUGCUUGAAGUUAGUGAAAGUACUUGGUUUCAGAAAAAAAAGACACAGAAAGAAAAACAAUGAGUAUAAAUGGCCUUUGAAAUCAGCCAAUGAUGAGUCAAAACCAAAAUCCUUUUCACCCCUGAGCAGAACCAAAUCUGUUUUUUUCUUUUUCUUUUUCUUUUUUUUUUCUUUUUUUUUUUCGAUUAACACAAGUUCUUGUCAUUUUUUUGGCUCAAUAUACCCUAAGAGAUACUGCAAAUAUCUCUUUCGUUGAUCAUUUUUUAAAACUUAUCACUGUAAGUGGUACCAAUCAACUUUAUCCCCUAAAAGGUAUGACAAGCACCUCAGUCAUUUGAAUACAAAGCUCCCCACUCCUUGGUAUAGGACAUCACUACUAAAUUUGUUUUAUUUGGUAAACUGUAAUGUGGCUAAAAGUAGUUUAAGGUUUGAAAUCUAGGCUCGAUUUCAGCCACUCUCUGGAGUCUGGUCCACACUCCUCCCCAACAGGAGACAGCUGGACGUGUGAGCAGCAAAGCAUGUCCAUGAUGUUAAUUUAUGAUUUAAUUCAUUUGGCGCUUCUGGUCACUGGAAAUGUCAUCUGAUAGCGAUCAUACAUAGGGUCACAUACGGCUCGUAACAUUUGUAUAUGUGCCAUUUUCGCCAUCCCUUCUUUUGAUUUUGGCCCUCCAACAUAUUGUGUUUCUCGUUAUUGUUGCAGAAGGGCACUAUAUGCUGUGUUCUAUGGAAGAGUUUUAAGAAGAGCAGAGCCGUUUGACUGUGGUGUAGCAAAUGUCAUGUCAAAUGUCACACAUGUUGGUCUGCAUGGUUUCUGCUGUUAAGUUGACACCCUUUAAUUUACCAUGUAUAUGUUGCACUACUUUGGUUUGCUUUGGCCAAUUUAAAAAUUUAAUUUUGUCUGGCUUCACCAGAGCCUGGUGUUGCUUUCCUCCAAGAAGACUAUACAUCAAUUUGACUAAGUGUUUUGUCUCUUGAGCUCGCUGUUUAGGUCCCGGGUUAGGUUUAUCCCUCUCUCUGUUGACUUUGUUCAUUAUCUGACAUUCUGGCACCACAUGGUUCAACUAUAGAUUCUCACGCAUUAGUCUGGUGACUAUUUCUCUUGUUGUUUAUGCUGCAAUGGCUUAGAUUAAGCGAGAUUUCAUCAGAGGACAGUAUUUGGUUAUAUGUCCUGCUAACGCAAUCACACUUUAUAUCACACAACUUUGCUACUGCAAGAAAGUUAAUUUAUACAGCCUGCUCGGCUCGGGCAGGCAGAUUUCUUAUCGGUCAAAAUUAACAAUGCCAAGUCCACGCAUCCAGCCACGAGUGUGGGGGAGGCGCGCAGGCUCCCUUUCUGAACAGCUGCUGGUAAUCAAGCCUAUUUGUAAUCCUGAGAAGCAUGCCUCCUUUCCCCAUCCCCCCUCCCCCUUCUCUCUCCAUAGUGGAAGGUAAGUGAGCAAGUUAUUCAGUGAGUAAUUUUUUGGUCACAAUACAAUUUUUUUUUUCUUUUCAGUUAUAAAGCUAACUUGAAAGUGUGAUGGAGCCAGGCAAAGUGACAGAGUAUACUUACUCCACAUCAGCUGAUACACAAGGAGAGUCCAGCAGCAUUACAAAGGAACCUAAAGCACCAGAAGGAACUCUGCUGCGUCAAGUUCAGGAUGCUAAAGAAAGUAUCAGUGUCCUCAAGAAUCAGGUCUCCUUUGCAAACCAGUGUUUGAGUCUUCUCCGGAACCAGAUGAAACAUGCUUCAGACACUUUGAACAUUCUUCAGGAUCAAGUUGACUUGGCGCAAAGAACUGUUAGCAGUUUGACUGAAGGCAGUGUAGCUGGACUAGCAAUUCCACAGCCACACAGUACUGUGGCUUCAUCAGCAUCAAGCAGGCCCCAGUCUUCAUGGGGUCCUGCACCAGCUGGAUCAUCAGAUGAACAGAAGGUGAUUGUCCACGAUAGUGAAGGACCCAAGGUCUACACAUUGAGCAAGUCAAGCAUCUCAUUAGGGAAUCAAGUUGCAAUUGCAUCAGACUGUGCAACUACAAAUGAACAUGGUCAAGUGCCUUGUGUGGUGCAUCAAGUCCCUGUGCAUUGUCAUUGUCCAGCUUGUCUUUCUCAUGCAAAUGUCCAUCAUGUUCCUCAGUCCCUUCAUUCUCCCUGCCAUGCUCCUGCAGGAACAGCCAUUGUACAAGUAAGCCCAGAAAUGCCACCACCUCCUCGUCAAGCCAUCAGUGUGGUAGUGACUGAAGCGGCAAAUGCCCAAACAAGUGUGCCGCACUCUGGUGCUUCCAGCAAAGGUGUACCAAGUCACGAACAUAGCAAAGACAGCUCAAGCGAUGAGAGAAGGUCUGUGAAAAAAGAGUCCUCAUCAACUUCACCAAUGGCGCAUCAGCUGCUUCAGGUCAUUGAUGUCUUGCAAACAGUUGAUGAUGACGAUGGCAGUACUCAUAGGUCUCCUUCAGCUUCCCUUUCUUCAAUCUCACAUGGUGUCCGUGUUGAUUAUGCGACAAUAGGUAAUCACCGUAACAACCCCUAUGGAAGUGCCUCCGUCUCACUGCACAAGAUUUCACGACGGAAUCGCAAGCAGACCAUGAGUCCUGCAAAGGUAGUAUCCUCGGAAUCAUUAACAACAGCAACUCAAGACAAGAACUCCCCAGUGAAAACUGUAAUCAGGGAGCACUCGGAGUUGAUGCGAGUGCCUGCUCCGGUGCUGGCCUCGUCUCUUGAACCUGAGUUCCUUGUUGUACCAUCAAGCUCGUUCUCGUAUGACAGCCCUCCUACAUCAGCCUCUGAUCGCCAUGGAAAGGAGGAGGACGGAAAAGAGGAGGUGAAAGCUUCUUCUGGAAUUCUAUUGGCUGACAGGGCCGUGUCGUCAUCAUGUUCGCGGGAAGAGACAACGGGCUCUGUACCAGUCUCUUCUGUGGCCCGGCCAAAUAUGUCAGUUGAAUCGCAAGAGAGUUCUCGAGGUAGCUCCUAUAAGAGACGUUUAUUUGACGACAAAUCACAGCCUAGCGGCCAUGUCGGUGAUUCUCGUGCUCAUAUGUCGCUUUCAUCUAUACCCGAACAAAACCAACGGACAGACAUUCCAGUGGACAAUAACGGUUUCUCUUCGCCCCUUAGUCCAAAGAGAAAAUUUAUUGGGACAAGUCCCUUAAACUCUGAUAUCGGCAUGCCCUUCACAGCGCACAGUUCCACCUGCGGUAAAACUGAACCAAUUGUCACCACAUUAAACAACAGUGCGGUUGAACCUGUCUCCUUGGCAACAGUCGUAAGUUUGUCAACUUCUACUCACGUGACUGGCUCCCAGGCUCCGCCCAUGACCGUUAUCUCUUUACCUAAUAACGUCGAAAGUUCAGGAAAUCCGCAAAAAAUCACUUCCCCGACGAAAAAACCGAUCAUUCUCUCGCGACGGUCGUCUCGUGGUAGCGAACAGCAGAACAUACCUCAAGGACUUGUUGUACUCGUUCCCACAAUAGAGGAUGCUAAGCGUCUGAUAGCUUCCACAGGGGGAAGUUCCGACGGGCACACCCCUGUUUUGGUUCCCCAGCAUAUGUUGAACGAGAUCCACUCGAAAAACGCAGUUGCUGAGGACGAACGGGAAACACAGAGGCUCAUACUGGAGAAACGAAGUCGUGAUGCGGUUUCCCCUCCUUUACCCCCACAGUCCAAGAGAUCAGCCGUUGAUUCAGUUGUUAUUGAUUGACCUUUUGUCUUGAUUUGGUGGUGUUGAUCCAGUUGUCGUCGUUUGGUUUUGUGAAUAAAGAUUUUAUUGAGAAAAUGAUAUUUAUUAAAGUAUGGUAAAACAGUUGCGUUGAAA